AUGUCCCGCCUCACGGCCGCCCAAGUUAUCGCCAUUGGCGACUACCUCGAACCCGACUUCGAUCCGGCUUCCCUCACCGUCCCGCAGUUACUGGGUAUCUUCGGAUACCACAAUAUCAAUUACCCGUCGCAGUACACCAAGCCGAAGCUUGUACAACUCUUCAGCGACGAAAUCAAGCCCAAAGUGGUGAAAUUGAAAAGAGAAAGAUCCAAGAAAGAGAACAGUCAAGCCAGCGAUGAUGGCAUCAAGGAUGGUGUCACUGGCAGGCCAUUGAAUGAGGGGAAGAGGCAGAUUGUCCGACGUUCGUCAAGGCGGUCUUCCCAGGCCCCAUCUUCCGAUCCUCCUGAACCGGAACAAGCUCCUCCCAAGCGGCGCAGGUCAUCAGCCCAGCCAACGCUAGGCGGACCUUCGAGGCGCAAGACCACGAAACCUACGCAGCCCGUCGUCGUGGAGGAGAGCGAACCGGAAGACGAAAUCGUGGUCCGCAAGGUCGGACGGAGCAAGAAGGGCUCGACGGACGCAGGCAGCCAGGCCCGCAGAGUGUCUCAAGCGUUCCCCGACGAUUCAGGAUGGGAGGAUAACAAUAUAUUCCAAUCUGGCGCCGAAUCGUCUCCAGCCCGUCCUUCGCCUGUCCGUCCGCGUACUCGGCGCUCCAGCGCGAUCCCCAGGCCUGCUGUGAAGUCGCGGAAGUCUAUGUCCGCGCCUCCGCAGUAUGCUUCUGAGAAGGGUAAGGAGCCGGCACAACCAGAGCCAGCGGCAUCAGAAGAGCCAGAGCCUGCGGUAAAGCCACCGUCCAGUAACUUUGAACCUCGCUUGCCUCCUAGCGUUGCAAGGCAGUCUCGGGCUACCACAUCGAGGACGAGAGCAAAGAAGGGCACGCCCGCACCGGAGGCUGCUGCGCCGAGCAGACAAAUAGAAGCUCUUCGCAAUGCUAUAGCAGCUGACGCUGUGGACGUUCCUACGAAAACCGAGCCUCAUGAUCCCCCUAUCACGGAAGAGGAAGAGGAUGAGGACAUCGACGACGAGGCUAUAGACGAGCAAGUGGCUGCAGUAUCACAGCGAAUUUCUGAAGGCGGGCGACCCGUGCAGCGAGAUGUGACGCCAGCCUCCGGUCCUUCUUUCCUCGUCCGUUGUAUCUUGCUGCUGCUUGCUCUGAGCGGUUCUGGUGUCUUGCUUCAAUACAAGCACGAAUCUGCCCGAAUUGGCUUCUGUGACACUGGGAAGGCGACGAACGCCGUCCUCGAGGAUAACAGGGCGCGGUGGUCGGCGAUUGAUAGCUGUAACAGGGAGAAUAGGACAUCGCUUUAUCUAGCGGACUCGACCGCGUCUUAUGUUGAAAUGCCGUCUGAAGAUGGGGCCGAGCAGUGUCCUCCUCUUGCGCUAAUUCCCCUUCCUCACCCGGAGACAUGCACACCCUGCCCUCGACAUGCCACUUGUACGCCAUCCACUAUGACGUGCGACAACGGCUACAUUCUCCGCUCACAUCCCCUCCUCUCCUUACUACCUGUACCUGGAACCUCAUCAUCAUCUUCCCUCUCUUCAGCUGCGCUGAACACCUUCACGCGUCCCGGGAGCUUGCUCUCGCCGAGCGCUGACAUCCCAGAACUCGUGUACUCGGCUAUCUCGUUACUGCUUGACGGUAUUCCUGGGAUUGGACCAGUGGCGCUCGCGCCGCGCUGUGCGGAAGACCCGCGCCGAAGGCGACACAUCGGCGCUUUGGGCAAAGCUAUUGAAGCCAUGCUAGCUGCGGAAAGGGGCCGGCGAAUUUGCGCUGGCAUGGGUGCAGACGGUCCCGAGGGCGAUGAUGCGACCGAGGCGCAACGGUGGGGCCUCGAGCUAGGAAAACUCAAAGACGAUCUGAAGAAGAAGACUGCGCCAAACCUUCUUCCAACGCUGGAUGACACGUUCAAUGAGGCAAUACAGCAGCUCGUUCAGUGGGGCGGCGUCUUCAUCGGCGAAGAUUCAGACGGCAACCGCUACCUUGCACAUCGGACGCCCUCUAUGGGCUGGGAGUGUACUGUCAAAGUCAAGGCACGCGACGCGUGGAUGGAAUGGCGGCGCGCACUCAUUGGCAGCGCGCUCCUGGUUCUCAGCAUGCUCUUCUUUAGGCGCCGGCAGGCCCACAAUGUGGUGGAGAACGAACGCGUAGCAGCGCUCGUCCAGAUCGCGCUCGACCUGCUCCGGAACCAGGAACUCGCGCACCACACGGACCCGGUGACAGCGCCGCAACCGUACCUGUCAUCCCUGCAGCUGCGCGAUCUCAUACUGCAGGACGAGCACUCUGUCGGCAUCCGGCGCCGACUGUGGGAGCGUGUGGAGCGUGUAGUGGAAGGAAACGCUAACGUCAGGACAAACUUGGAAGAAGUUGAAGGUGGCGAUGAGCUGAGGGUAUGGCGCUGGGUCGGUAGCGCCGGCGCGAUCAGUCCUGGAUCAGGUGGCCGGAAGAAUAUGUCCGAGAAGGACCAGAACACGAGAAUUGUUGCCUGAUGGCGGCACAGGUAUGACGAUGUUUUGUAUUAUGAAUUUAUUGACGCCUCUGCUGUUUUCCUUC